CUUGUUGUGUUUCUUUUAUUUUCAGAGUUUUAUGGAAAGGGAGCAUCUUAUAAUGCCCUUGUUGGCAAAGACUCAACCAGAGCUGUGGCCAAAAUGUCCCUUGACCCAGCAGAUCUCACUUAUGACACUACGGGCCUCACUGAGAGUCAACUACAGUCUCUUGAGCAGAUAUUCAAAGGCACAUACAAAGCAAAAUACCCCAUCGUGGGAUACACCAGCAGACGUGUUCUCAACGAGGACGGCAGCCCCAAUACAGAAUUCAAACCUGAAGACCAACCGAGUUUCACCAUUAAAGAUGAGUUUUAAUGCGUAUACUAAUGGUCUUAUAAUAAAGCUAUCUAAAAGUCCAGUCAAAAGUCUGAAUCAUAGUUGUUUGUGACCUUUGUCUGUGCUCUUAAGUGGGCAUGUGUAAAUUUGAGGUUGUCUGGUGGUCUUUCAGCCUACAGUCAUAGAAAACAUUAUGAUGCAUACUGUCCCACGUGGGUUUUUCCCUGGUGGGCUGCUUUGAAUGACAUUUAAAUUAGGCCACCUACAGGUGUGAUUUAAAAAAAAAAAUAG